AUGCUUCUUAUCACUUCACCAGCGGUUCUUCUUGCGCAACAUCCACACUUUCUUCAAGCCUUCAAGAGAUUUUCUACAUCACUCAAUUUAGAGCAAAAGGAACAUUUAUCAUCACUCAGUGAUAACAAACCUUACAUGGCACGCUUCAUCAGACAUUCUAUGACACAAUGUGAUCACAAAAGAAGAAAAUCUUCCAAGCGUUGA